AUGGAGAAAGAGGAUCUGCUUUAUUGCUAUAAUAAAGGAUGUGGUCUGAAAUUUGAUCCUUCUGACAAUAAUGAUGAAUCAUGUUUAUAUCAUCCUGGAGCACCAUAUUUUCAUGACGCAUAUAAAAUAUGGAAUUGUUGCAAUAAGAAAAGUACUGAUUUUGGCACAUGGUUAAGCUUAAAAGGCUGCACUCGAGGAAAGCAUAGUAGUGUGAAACCUGCACAAGAAGUGAAACAUCAGAAAUCAGAAGAAAUGGAUGAAUCAUAUGUACAGAAAGAGGUGAUCGUUUGGAAUGGUUUGAAUAAACCAGCUGCUCGACAGAAUUAUUCAGCGGUGAUGAGACCGUUAAAACUUGAACCAACUAUGGCUGCAUUAAGAGCUAUCGAAAAAUUUCAGUCAGAGAAGGUCCAAGAAUCAGAGCCAAGCAUUCGUAUCGGUGCAUUGUGCAGAAAUCCUGGCUGUGAAAAGGCUUAUGAAGGAGAAAAAAGCCAUGAUGAGACUUGUGUUUAUCAUAAUGGUAUCGCUGUAUUUCACGAAGGUAUGAAGUAUUGGUCAUGCUGUGAAAAGAAAACUACGGAUUUCAGCACAUUUCUUGAACAAAGAGGCUGUGUAGUAGGAAAGCAUUGUUGGAUUAAGGCAGAACGAGUUGAAAAAAUUCGAGAAGACUGGUUUAGUGGAGGUGGCUACAUUCAUUUAAACAUUUAUUGUCGGGGUGCCAUACCGGAGCUGUGUGUGGUGGAAUGUAACGGUAUUAUAUUGCAAAUGAAAAUUAUGCAUGGUUUUGGAGUAAAAGAAACACAUUUAAAUUAUGAACUUUUUGGUAGGAUCGAUGUCGAUGGAUCCAAAGUGAUCGUCGGCGAAAGAAAAUUAGAAUUGGUUCUGAAGCAAGAUGAUACCGUCAGUUGGCCACGGUUAACAUAUUCUGAGAAUUCAGAAUCACAGACUGAUUAA